AUUAUUUUGCUCAAACUUUGGCGGUCAGGAUAUAAGAUACGGAUUAUGAUCCAGUUUAGACAAGAAAUUAGGAAGUCUGAAAAACACUCUGAAUCUCCUCCAUUGUCCAUUGUUCAAUGUAUUUGAGUCCGUAUUUUUUUAUAUUCCUCAGUCUCACGGAGUAGAAAUCUACAAAGAAAUUUUAAGACACAGUAAUCGUAAGAAACCCAGAAUGGAGGACGGGUUGCUGUUGCUGAAGGAGAGCGAAGAGGGUGGUGGGAUACGGUUGGGGUCUGUUUGGGCGGAAGUGAAAAGGUUAGGGUACCUGGCAGGUCCAAUGGUGGCCGUGACUUUAUCUCAGUAUCUAUUACCCAUCAUUUCUGUUAUGAUCGUUGGGCAUUUGGGUGAGAUUUUUCUCUCCAGCACCUCCAUAGCUGUCUCUCUUGCUAAUGUCACUGGCUUCAGUUUUCUUUUAGGAAUGGCAAGUGCUCUGGAAACACUUAGUGGGCAGGCCUACGGAGCCAAACAGUACCACAAACUUGGAAAACAAACGUACACUGCCAUUUUCUGCCUUUUUAUCGUAUGCAUCCCCCUCGCACUCUUGUGGACCCAUAUGGGAAAAGUGUUAGUCUUCAUAGGCCAAGAUCCUCUUAUAGCAGAAGAAGCCGGAAGGUUCUUAAAGUGGCUCAUUCCGGCCUUAUUCGCUUAUUCGACCUUACAGCCUCUCGUAAGAUUUUUUCAGGUGCAAAGUUUGAUCUUUCCCAUGCUCGUGAGCUCAUUCAUAACAAUGUGCUUCCAUGUGGCUCUAUGUUGGGUGAUGGUGUUUAAGUCCGGCUUGAGUAAUCUUGGGGCUGCUGUCGCUAUUGGUGUGUCUAUGUGGGUGAAUGUGAUACUCCUAUCUUUAUACAUGAGGUUCUCUCCUGCUUGUGACAAAACUCGUUCGACUAUUACCUGGGAAAUCUUUCAUGGAGUGAAGGAGUUUUUCAGAUAUGCCGUUCCGUCAGCCAUCAUGAUUUGUCUUGAGUGGUGGUCAUAUGAGCUACUUGUGCUGCUGUCUGGUCUACUGCCAAAUCCACAACUAGAAACUUCAGUUUUAUCUGUAUGCCUGAACACUGUCGGCACAAUUUUUGCAAUUCCAUAUGGGCUUUCCGGUGCUGUAAGCACUAGAGUAUCUAAUGAGUUGGGAGCGGGAAACCCACAGGGGGCUCGUUUGGCUGUCUUGUGUGUGAUGCUCAUUUCUGUGUCAGAGGGUGUUAUAGUAAGCGCAACCCUCUUUGCUUGUCGGAACGUAUUUGGCUAUGUUUUUAGCAAUGAGAAGGAAGUGGUGUACUAUGUUGCAGAUAUUGCCCCUCUCCUCUGUCUAUCGGUCAUAAGUGAUAGCCUUCAAGGGACCCUUUCAGGUGUUGCUCGAGGGUGUGGGUUGCAGCAUAUAGGAGCGUUAGUCAACCUGGCUUCAUUCUAUCUAUGUGGAAUUCCAAUUGCUGCAUCACUGGCUUUCUGGUUUCACGUGAGAGGAAAGGGUCUUUGGGUUGGAAUUAUGUGUGGUUCUGUUAUGCAGACGGUUAUGCUAUCCAUAAUAACAAGUUGCACAAAUUGGAACACACAGGCAGCUAAGGCAAGGAGGAGACUUCUUCAGUAAAAUAUCUUGAUGAGCCACCCAAGUGGAUGAGAAAUUAAUUACUACUAUCUAAUUAGUUUUGAGUUCCAUUUUUUCUUGUCAUUUUGGUUUAUGUCUAAUUGAAGACCACUUCUACUGUUCUACAUGUACAAUGAUACGAUUGCGAGGGAUCAGCCUAUUAAAUACUUCAAUAAAGUGUACCAAAGGAGGAAUAAGGGGGGUAGUUGUACUUUGCUAGUUAUUAAGUCAGUCUAAUAAACUAGUGUACUUUCUCUGCGUGGAAGAUUAACUAUGAAUAGAAGGGUGUUGGCUUAUUAAGUUAGGUUGUUAUUUCAGUGGUUGGUUGCUUGGAGAGUGGGCUUGUCUAAUUGUCCCAAGCCUUGAUCCGAUUUCAAUGAAUUUCUCAUUCUAUCUGUUCUAUCAGUAGAAUUUCCUUAUAUUGUUGAUAUUUCAUUCUGAUUCAUACCAGUGUUCUAUCAUUGGUAUCAGAGCAAAUCGUUUCUGGUGACCUGAAGUUAUCGCUACUGCACUUGAAUUCUGUCGUUCUCAGCUGUGGAUGAUUUGAACGUGAGCGAAAAUGGAACAACGUUUGGAAUCGGUUGAACAUAGUUGAAUUACGAUGGAGGAAAGUAUUCUGCAAAUGGAGGCGAGGAUUGAUGCGAUGAUGGUUGCGAUGACAGGAGGAUUGGCAGGAUCGAGGGAGGAAUUCCGCGAGCAAGGGAGAUCGCGAUCUCAACAUCGCAGUCGAUCACAACAUUCGCACAACUCGAUUACUUCGAGAGGUAAUUCAGUACAUACUACUCAUCGUGAGAAUAGACAUGGUGAUAAUCACCAUCGUUUUCAUAUUCAGACUGCUCGUAAGGUGGAUUUACCAUUAUUUAAUGGAAACAGGGCCUAUAACAGGUUAAUUCGUAUGCUGAGGGGGAUAAACUUGAGGUGUCAGUAUUGGUUAUGGAAGAAAGACCUCUAAACUGGUUUCAAUGGUGGGAACACCAAACGAAGGAGGAGAACUGGGAAACUUUGAAGGAGUCUGUGAUACGCAGAUUCCAGACAAACUGGUACUGUGAGUGAUUAUAGGGAUGAAUUUGAAUUGACUAUAGCACCUCAAAGGACUGUGGACAGGGAAAUAUUGAGAGGAAUCUUUAUCACAGGAUUGAAGAAUGAAGUGAUGGCUGAAUUGAAACUAUAUAACCCCAGAACUCUAGCUGAGGUUAUGGAUGUAGCAUUGUUGAUAGAGAGAAAAAAUGAAGCUGCACAUUUGAAGAGACAAGAGGAUGAUUCAAGUGGGGGAAAGGAUAAGAGACCAAUAAAUACCAGAACUAACAAUUGGGGAGACAAUUCUAAAGCCAGAUAUGGUAGUUCUGGAUUCCACAGUCAAAGUAAGGGAACAGCUGAUAACAGAAAUUUUAACUCAUGGGUUGACAAUAUGGGGAAGAAGGUAACAGAUAUACAAACUUCAGGGAUUAGGAAGGUUGGGCCCCAAUUAUCUCAAGAAGAAUUCCAGGAGAGAAGCAAAAAAGGACUCUGUUUUAAAUGUGGAGAGAAAUGGAAUCGAGAACAUACCUGUAUGUUGAAACAUUAUAAACUAAUGCUGGUGGAAGACUCAGAUACUGAAGAAGAAACAGAAGAUUCAGAUCCUGAAAUCACUGAAGAGGAGGUAAAAAUGGAAUCAAAAUCUAUGCAAUUGUCACUCAUGAGCAAGGAAGGGAUCCCUACAAUGAGAGCUUUCAAGAUUCAGGGCACCUUGAAGUGGAAUAGAGGAGAGAAAAUAGUGGAAGUGUUGAUUGAUAGUGGAGCUACUCACAAUUUCAUCUCUCAGAAAUUGGUAAAUGAACUGGAGCUACGUUUUAAUACUAUCUCAGGUUAUAAGUUGCAAAUUGGUAAUGGGGAACAGAUUUCCAAUGAUGGAAGGUGUGAGGAUAUUGUACUGAGAUUGUCAAAUAUUGAUAUUAAACAAGAUUUUUAUAUCCUUAACUUGGGAGGAAUUGAUUUAGUGUUGGGAAUGGAAUGGCUAACCAGUUUGGGAGAUGGAAAAAUCUCCCAUGGAAAAAUCUAUCAUGUAAACAUAAACUUUCAGAGACAAACUAUUAGAUGGAAAAAUCUAGGGGUCAAUCAUUCAAUUCAAGGAGAUCCUACCUUAAAUUCCAUGGAAGUCUCUUUGAAAACAUUAACACAGAUUCUACAAGAUAACGGUGAUGGAUAUCUUGUAUAUUGUGAAGGGAAUUUAAGGCCAAAGGAUAAGGAAAAUGACAUGGAGACAACCUGGGAAAGUAUCUUAGCUGAAUUCCCAGAUAUAACACAACCCUUGCAAGGGUUACCACCUUCCAGAAUCUGUGAUCACUCCAUUAAUAUACAAGAAUGUGCUAAUAUACCUAAUAUUAGACCUUACAAAUAUCCACAAUACCAAAAGACUGAAAUAGAGAAGAUUAUACAGGAUAUGUUGGAUUUUGGAAUAAUUCAGUUUAGUAACAGCCCCUACAACAGUCCCAUACUUUUGGCUAAGAAGAAUGAUGGGGGUUGAAGGUUCUGUGGGGAUUACAGGGCAUUAAACAAGAUAACUAUUCCAAAUAAAUUCCCAAUACCUGUUAUUGAAGAGUUAUUGGAUAAAUGGGUGGAGCCAGAAUAUUUUCAAAACUAGAUCUGAAAUCUGGCUAUCAUCAAAUAAGAAUGAGGGAGGAGGAUAGGAAGAAGAGUGCAUUUAGAACACAUGAGGGUCAUUAUGAGUCUUGUGAUGCCUUUUGGACUGUCAAAUGCUCCCUCUACUUUUUAGGCACUCAAGAAUCAGGUAUUGAGACCUUUCCUAAGAAGGUUUACCCUAGUAUUUUUUGAUGACAUUCUGAUUUACAGUAAGUCAUAUGAAGAACAUAAAAAGAUGUUCCUUUGGAAAAUCAAUUGAAGAUUAACUUGAAGAAAUGUUCCUUUGGAAAAUCUGAGUUAGUAUAUUUGGGUCAUAUCAUUUCGGGACAAGGGGUGUCAGCUGAUCUAACAAAAAUUGAAGCUAUGCUGAACUGGCUUGAACCAAAAGACCUAAAAGGGUUGAGGGGAUUUCUUGGGCUAACAGGUUACUACCGGAAGUUUGUAAAAGGAUAUAGCAAAAUCGCUUUUCCUCUUACACAGCUAUUGAAGAAGGAUAAUUUCUACUGGAAUGGAGAAGCAAGACAAGCUUUUGAAGAACUGAAAAAAAUGAUGACAACCUUACUACUUUUAGCAAUACCUGAUUUCAACAAACUGUUUGUAGUUGAGACUGAUGCAUCAGGAACAGGUAUGGGGGCAGUCCUGAUGCAAGAGGGGAGACCAGUUUCUUAUAUGAGCAAGGAAUUGUCACCAAGGAAUCAGAUGAAGUCAGUGUAUGAAAGGGAGUUGAUGGCAGUAGUCUUAGCAAUACAAAAAUGGAGGCCCUAUUUACUUGGCAGACAUUUUGAGGUUCACACAGAUCAGAAAAGCUUGAAGUUUCUUACUGAACAAAGACUCAUGGGGGAAGAAAAGCAAAAUUGGACAUAAGAUAUAAUUUUACCAUAAGAUAUAGACCUGGUGUGGAGAAUAAGGCUGCCAAUGCCUUAUCCAGAAAGCAUACUUUCCAAUCAUUGUCAGUUGUUAGUUGCCAAGAGGAACUGAGUGCAGACCCUAAAACUCAAGAAAUAAUUCAGAAAGUUAUUUCUUAUCUAGACAGAAACAAAGAAUUUCAGAUCAUUAAAGGCCUGUUAUACUACAAGAAGAGAUUGGUGUACCAAAAGGGUCUGCUAGAGUUCUGAAAAUAUUGAAAGAAUACCAUGAUUCAGCUAUGGGAGGACAUUCUGGAUACUUCAGAACUAUGAAGAGAAUAGAAGGGUUGUUUUACCGGCAAGGAAUGAGGAGUGACAUUAAAAAAUAUGUGGAGGAGUGUGCUAUAUGCCAAACCAACAAGUACCAAGCCCUUAAACCUACUGGUUUACUACAACCUUUACCUAUUCCUAGCAGUAUAUGGACAUAUAUCAGCAUGGACUUUAUUGGAGGAUUACCAAACUCCCCUGUGAUAUGGAAAUUCGGUGCAUUAACCCCCUAUGAUUUAAAAAAUGCUUUAAACCCCCUUGUGUUUUAAUUAAUUAUGCGCAAAAUCCCUUCUAUGAACAAAGUCAAUUGUCAAAUAAAAGCAAAAUGAUUAACAUUUCUGUAUGAUUAGAGAUUUUGACAUAUUUACUUGAUAUUCAAUCAAAAUAUUAGAAAAAGUGAUUUCCAAAUCGUUAAAUUUAUUCAUAAAAUGUGUUCUGUGCAUAAUUAAUUAAAACACAAGGGAGUUUGACGCAUUUUUCAAAUCACAGGGGGCUAAUGCGCUAAAUUUCUAUAUCACGAGGGGGUUUGGUGCAUUAAACUUACAUAAAAUAUUAACAAAAUGUGAGUUGAUAAUAAUACCAAAUUUAUACAUCUCAUUUCCUAGGCCACACCAGCAAGUAAAUUGUCAUUUUCAAAGAGUGAAUUUGAUUGAAUCAAAUUAUUAAUGAAAUUUGGGUGCACUGGUGAUGAGUAUUAAUUAUGUUAAAA